CUGACCUCAGCAUCGACCUCAGAGCCGACCUCACUCUGUCCGACCAUCAUCUACCGCACGACUAGAAGCUGUCGGAGGGCCGAUGAUCGACCAGGAAAAAAAAUAUACAUCCCAGCCGUCGAAGGCUCCUCUGCCACACGACUAUCCCGCCGCACACCACCGCCAGCCUCCGCCGCCGCCGUCGUCAACACUCUGUCCGACCGUCCUGUGCAAUCAACAAUCCAUCUCUUCGACCUUCGUCUAUCGCCUCCGUCAUCAACUUCUGUACGGCCAUCUCCGUUCUACAGUCCGGCGAGCAUCCGCCUCCUCCUGUCUUGCCGUUGA